AUGAUAAUUUUCAACGCAACUCCUGAGACUUCCACAGAAAAAUUGAGGGAGCACUACAGCAUGACAUCGGCUAAUCCAGCACUUACAACCCCUGCAACAAUAGAAAGAGUAGUUACAACCAUGGGCUAUAUUCUUAGUGCAGGAUCCAUUUCGAUAAUCUCCACCAACCUUCUAGUAGCCAUUGCUCUGGUCCUGCUCAUCCGCAAGAAGGGCUACCACAGUUGGUGCUUCGCCUUAAGCCUUUCUAUUGCAGACAUUCUAGUUGGUGUAGCCAUCACUGGCAUUGCCACUGAUGCUCUUGAAGGACGGACGGCCUCUAUGCAAAAGGACAUAUGUUUGUUGCGCAUGGCCUUCGUCAUUGCACCAACUGCUGCCUCCAUCCUCACCAUGUUCUUCAUCUCAAUGGACCGCUAUGUUGCCAUUAAAUUUCCUUUGCGGUAUUCGCAACUAAUGAGCAAGAAGAUGGUUGCUGGAAGUCUGGUUCUGCUCUGGAUGAUGUCUGUAACUGUGGGCUUUUUGCCCUGCAUAGUGGAGCCAAUGCAGCAGAAACAUUAUAAGAAUGUUUGUACGUUCUUCUCUGUCAUAGAGCCUCAAAGCAUCAUUGUAGUCUUUUGUGCUUUUUUCUUCCCCCUACUUUCUGUCUUUAUCUAUUUCUACAUGGACAUCCUCAAAAUUGCCUGUGGCCACCAGCAGCGCAUUCAGCAAAUGGGUUCACUCUUUCUGCCGCCCGGACGUUACUGGGGUCACGUAAAAGCCCUGCGGACUGUUGCUGUUCUAGUCAGUUGCUUCACACUCUGCUGGUGCCCUUUCUUUGUGGUCAGUAUUGUGCAGGUGUUGUGUCCCACCUGUAAACUUUAUCACUUCUUGGAGAACCAUCUCUGGUUGCUGGGAAUCACAAACUCGCUUAUCAAUCCUCUUGUUUAUGCCUGCUGGCAGAAGGAGGCAAGGUAUCAGAUAUGUGAGGUCUUUGCUCAUAUUAAAGUCAUGUUGUGUUGUAUGACACACUCCAAGACAGCUGACAGAUGCCACACUGACCAAACAACUGUUGGUCAGGCUGUAAGAUUUCACGAAAGGACACUGCCUGUCCAUUUAAAUUGCAGUGAGCCUAUCAUAAUUCCUGAUCAACAUACUGAAAACAUUCCCAGUAGACUGAGAAUGUCAGUUUAGGAAACUGUAAAAGAUCUUCGACAUCAGCAAUCAAAUGGCAAAUGUUCCUUAAUGGAUGUGAAUUGCAGAGUAUCUGUUCUUCUGCACAUUUAACAGAGCAGAUGUCUUUAUUUGCUUUUUGAUUCCCCUUGCACUUAACACAAGGCAUUCAAAAUAACCAGAGCACUUAGUUCUUGUCCAGUUUCCACUCGUUUGAUAUUAUCCAUUGUAAAAUAAGAGACUGUAUUAGACAAAGCUCAUAUAGGCUAUAUACAACAGUGUUUGUAUGUUUUGAUUUUUUAAACCAUUAACCCUUAUGAAUUUGUAACCAUGAAGCUGUGUAUAGCAUUUAAACAGCAACUGUGAAUAUUUAUUCACAAAUAAAUGUGA